AGGCACAUCAGGUGGACUAUCAAGUGUUCUGAUAUUCAACAAUCAAUCUUGGAUGUCAACACAGUACUUUAAGUUUAAACUGAUAACAAGCGAAAGCAUUAAUGUAAUAGCAACUACUUUUUUACAAGCAAUGAUGCCAGAUGGAGAUAGAGAGAUGACUGUGGUGAUGAAAGUUGAACGUGUGGUUAACAUUCUUUAUAUUGACAGUUUUAAUUUCGCUAAUG